GGACAAGAAGUAUGUGUGCAAGUUGUGCAGCCGUGUGUUCAUGUCGGCCGCCAGCGUGGGCAUCAAGCACGGCUCGCGGCGCCACGGCGUAUGUGCCGACUGCGCGGGCCGAGGCGUGGCCGGGCCCCUGGACGGUGGUGGCACGGAGGGCUCCCCCGAGCUGUUCCCUGGCGAUGGGCCCUACCUGGAAGACCCCGACGACCCGCGGGGGGAGGGCGAGGAGGAGCUGUGUGAGGACGAGGAUGAGGUGGGCCUGGCCCACGAGGACGCGCUGCUGGCGGCCGAGAAGGAGGACGAGGACUCGCCGCGGGGACCCGGCAGCCCCCCGGGGGCGCCCGACAAGGACUUCUGGAUCUCCUAGGCCGCGGGUUGGGGGCGGGGGCGGGGGCGGUGCCACCCCUCCAGUGCGCGCGCGUGCGUGUGUGCGGGCGUGUGUGUGUCCGUGUGCAUGUGUGCGCGCGUGCGUGUGCAUGUGCGUGUCCCUAGGGAUGUGCUCUCGCCUGGGGCCUGGCCACGCUGAGCCCCUUUAUUCUGCUCCUGCCCCAGACACACACACAGAAACCGGCCCCGCGGGGUCGGAAGCAGGCAUGACCCCAGCAAGUAAGGGCUCCGGGACCGAACAGGAUGUUGGGGGGCACAGGGUGGGUUUGAGCAGAGGGAGGGCACACGUUCCCUCGUGUCUGCGGGGACCAAGGCAGGGUCCCCAGCAGGGGCGUGUAGCUAGGGCACGCACGAUGGCCCGAUGGCCGGGUCAAGGUCGGGGCUGGUCGGGGUCAUGAGCGUGGUCCCCGAGGCCACAGGUCCAAGGGGUGUUAAGGAAGGUGCUGCAUACACCCGAUGUCCAGUGCUGGAGUCUCCCCCCGCCCCCUGCUCUGCUCCCCCUUUCUCAGCAGCCUGGUCACUGCCUGCAGCCACCACCGCAGCCUUCUGCCGCUGCUGUGGCGGCCCGCGGAAUCCAGGUCCAGUGUACAGAAAGCCCCGUGGCCCUCCUGCCUCUGGGCUUUGGUGCUUCACAUACAACAGCUGCAGAAGCCCCUGCCGGGGCCGAGGACUCCCAGGUGCUAUCAUCCGGUGGAGGCCGCCAGGUGGGGACCGACGUGCCACGCUCCUCUGGUGCAGGGCUCAGCGCGCCCCGCUGCUGGCCACUCAGGGCCCUUUGGGGCGCCCGGGCUCUUCGUUCCGCGUGCACUUCCUUGGGGAGCCCGGGGGCGGCCUCGUCCCCUCGGCUCUGCCGUCCUUCGUGCCCAGGCCCCUCCUGCCGGCCCCUCCUGGGUGCCCUUGCCUUGUUGCUGCUAACACUGGAGGUGGGGAUCCUGACAGCCGUGCCGCCUCCCCGCGUGGGUAACCAAACUUUUUAAGUCGUCAGAGACAUAGUUGAGGUAGUUAGAUAAAAUUAUUUUGUUUGGCAUUAUUUUUCUGACGUGACAAAACCUAGCGUCUUUCCUUCAGCUUGUCAGUCCUUCUGUUGUCUUUGUAGAUGAGCUCACCGCCUCUUUGUGAUCUGGUUUUUUCUGAGUGAAAAGCAAGGGCCCCGCUGUGAGGACCCUCCCCUGGGCCGCAGGACCCGCCCUGGUCUGUCCCCUUCCCCGGUAAGGCCGUCGCGGACCACACUUCACUACUCAGACAUUCCGUCCUGCGCCCGCACGGCUCAGGCGCAGGCAGGGCCCGUCCGGGCACGAGCCCCGCUGAGGGCAGUGUUUCUACGUUCUCUUUUUCCACGGACUGUAAGCUUCUACCAGGCUGGUCACCGUGUCACAUCUAUUCUUUUUAGGUGGAAAAAGGAGAAUCCCCCGAGCCCCUAAUUUAGGUUCCGGGGGUGGCCUGGAGCGCUCGCCUCCCUGGCUGCCGCUGGGCUGCCGGGGGCCUUCUGUGCGUGUUUUCAGUAUCAUCGAUUAGAGGGCGUGGACAGAGCCGGCCACCGGCCGCCCGCGCUCCUGUCCCCCGAGGGGGCGUGGGGAGCCCUCGCGGGCAGCCCUGCCGGCUCUUCCUGACACGGCGGGUGGGGGUUGGGGGGCGAGGCCAGUGCAGGGGCUCUGGGACCCACUUCCCUUGCUGCCUUUCUCCAGUGAGGCCCCGGGCUGCACCCCUCACAGGGCCCUCAGAACUGUGUACCUCCCCGACUUUCUGACCCCUUUUCUAAACAGACCUACUUUCUUAUAAAUGUAUUUGGAAACCAGACCUUUGCUACCAACAGUGUCUCUGGGUUUUGUCCCGGUCCCACCGCUCAGGCCGUCCUGCCCACACCCUGGGCCAUCUCUGCCUCCGCACUCAGGACAUCUCGCUCUUUCCGACCCGCUCGCUCCCUGCUUUGGACCACCCUUGCUGACCUUUUUGGAGGGUCGCUCUCAGUGCCACAGGGGCAUUUUCUUCCUUAAAACCAAUACUGUACUGGAAAACCGAGGGCUCCACUCCUGCCCACCAAGUUCGCAAGGCGUGUGCUGCAAGGCAGGCUCGCCGUCCUACGCAGUUUGCCGCCGUCGACGGAAAUGAAGGCAUCCCCUCUCAGGAGGCGUGGAGGGAAAAGACGUGUAAUGAAGGGUUUUUUUACGUGACUGGUUUUUUUUUAAAUCAAUGUUUAAACUAAUAAAUAUUUUUUUAUGAAGAGGAGAAAAAUGUGUAGAUUACAUUUCACGUUUUGUACUUUUUUGUUUGUGUCUGUCUGUAUUUUGGUGUUUGCAACACCAAAGUGGAAAAUGCAGUCUGUUGAGUGGUGAGUUCUUUGGGGUGGGGGGGGCAGGGAACCCGUAUGACUUUUGUAUCAAGCUCUGGAUCCCGACCAGGUUGUAUAUUUGGACUCUGGGUUUUGGGAAACAGUCAUAACACUGCCAGGACUGAAUAGGGACCUCGACUCAAGAGACACGGCUACUCCUUCCAACUUUGCACAUCUUCCUUUUUAAAAAAGAAACUGAGAAAAGGCAAAAACUGGAACUUUUUGCAGUAUGAUGAAAGAUAAUCUUAUUUUCGCUCAUUCUGUGACACGUGCAACGCUGAAGAAAGCCAUACUUACUGGUGGUUUUUACUUUUUAGGUUCUAUAUUGUGUUUGUGUGUGUGGCCCUUUCAGAACCACUCGUAGUGAGGGUGCUGUGUGUGUGCUUUUCUGAAAUAUUUAUUUUUUCAACAUGCUUUCAACCUGUCAACAAAAACAAAACAAACAAGGGCAGUGUUUGAAAAUUGUUGGUUUUCUUUCCCUUGGGGAUAAUCUAUAGCAUAUCAACUUUAUAUUAUCAUAAACCUGUGUUUGUAUUGGAGAUGUGUUUAAUAUUUGGGAGAAGAGACUUUGGUGAUCGGCUGGCAGAAAAUCGCAGCUGUUGCAGUCCGUAGCCACAGGGCAGGUGGACGGCACCUUCCUGUCUGUCGGGGCGAGCUCUGGGCCUGCCUGGGGGUCUCCUUCCUGUGACGGGUUAGCUUCGACCUUCUUGCAAAGCUUCCACUUUCAAUAAACUGGGAAAUUGCUGCUCAA